AUGGCACCGAAUGUGUCCCGCAUAUUUUCAAGGCGUAAGCCGACCAAGACUGCCAGCACAGAUAGUGGCAAGGGCGACGCGGACACGACCUUGAGCCCUAAGAGGUCACCUUCUCAAUCCUCUAGUAGCUCUCAAAGCUCUACGAAUUCGCACUUGAUAUCUUCGUUGUACAACGAAGCUGGAAAGUUUGAAAAGAUCCUCCUCUCUUCCGGUUGUAUCAGCCCUCGAGAUUCGCCCAACGGUACUAGCGGUUUUGACGACCUUGUCAUGCGUGAUCUUACUAAGAGCGAGCGCGCUUAUGCCAAUCACGAUGCCAGAAUUCUAGCAGCCGGAAAUUCAUGGGUAUCCUUAGCAGACUUAGACGAAAGUCUUUUUUCCGACAUCGACAGCAACAGUGCAGAGAUCGCGAGUGUCACAACGGCAUCUACUACUCAGAGUUCCAGUGAUGGUUCUGAGCGUCCGAAGCCUGCCAUUCAUCGAGCCUCAACAAUUGACAGUCAAUCCUUGGAGUCUAUGGAGCCGGAAGACAUCGUCAACAUACUCAUAGACGAGUUUGGAGUCAUAGCUGCUCCUGGGGAGGAAGAAAAACUGAUUUUGGAGACGGAUGGGGCACUUCUACAUGAUGUGGCUAUUGUGGGCGUCAUUCAUUUAACGACACAUCGUUUAACUUUCCAUGCCUCUUUACAAGCAACUCGUCCCGACUUAUCAUCUUUACAAGAGCCAAUAAAGGCAGGUCCGGCGAUAAUGCAUCGUAAAGGGUGGAGGACGAAACGCCGUGUCUGGGUCGAACUUACGCAUGAUAUGCUGUGCGCAUAUUCCUCAAGUAACGAAGACGAGAAAGCACGUCCCUUGUGUUCGCUUCUUCUGUCAUUUGUAAAGGAUGUCGUUCCUUACGACAAAUCAGCGCCACGGGUCAUACGAUUCAACCUAGACCAGCAUGUCACAAGCGUUAACGAAUAUGCGGAGUUCGAUACCGAAGAAUCAGCUCAGGAAUGGAGAAGGGAAAUCAAGGGCGCUAUCUUUAGCUAUCGCCAUCUCAGACGGGAGCUCUUUGCAAGCCCAACACCAGAGUCAAGCGGUGUGAGAUUCCACUGUCCACUCAUACAAAUAGACAGCCUGAAAUGGGUCCACGAAUCCAUUUUUGCCUCGGUCGUCUCUAUGAAAGUGAAAUUAGAGACUUCUGAAUUCCGGUUCGACAAUGAGAACCUACCUCAAUCGCAAGUUUUUGAACUAGGGCCAUGCGAAACUAUUCCUGCCUGGCAACGCCUGGGCGACUACGUUGCAGAGGCAAAAGAGGCUCACAGAGAGCGAGAUUCUUACCCUCCGGUGGUAGUUGAUUUUGGGCCGUACAACUUUUUUGAAACCGAUUAUGGUCCAAUAAAAUCUCCUGGCAAGCUUUCUGCUCGUGGUGAGACGGCCGUGCGUGUUGCCUUGGGAUUUAGUCCCGAGUCAACUGUUUGGAUUGUAAGGGCUCGCAUCAAUCGCUCUAUAUCUUGCACUGGCUAUUUUGCUCUCUCGGAUACUCAUUUGGGAUUCUGGUGCAAAAAUAUCACACAAGCCGACCUCCGCUAUCGGUUACCACUUUCCAGCGUACGAUCCGUCAAGCCGUUCAGCAUGAAUUGGAUCUCAGUCGAAGGCAUUACAAUAACCAUUGAGGGCAAACCGGACUUGAACUUUACGUUCAAAACCGCACUUAUUCGUGACCAGGCUAUAAAGAAUAUCACGUCGUCUAUGUCAUCACUCCAGAUUGGACAGUUAAAUCUAUCUUCCGUACCCUCUUCCCCCACAAGUACCAAGUCAUCAUUCAGUUUCAACUCUUAUACACCACCGUCAUCUCUAUCCGGGAAGCUCGACCCGGUCAGCUUCUUUGCCCCCCUCUCUCGUUCCCUCGCUGCCGCUGCUGAAGCAGCAGCACACAGUACUCUUCCGCGCAUGGAUCGACUAAACCAAAUACCAAAAGUUUUAAAUUUUCCACGUGAAGUUUUGAUCACGGAGAAAUAUUUGCACUUCGUUUGUCUUACAAUCGGUUCACGAGGAGAUGUCCAGCCAUACAUUGCUCUAGGUGUCAGGUUGAUCAAGGAAGGUCAUACGGUGACAAUUGUCACACACGAAGAAUACCGGGACUGGGUUGUCGGGUUUGGAAUACGACAUCGAACAGCAGGUGGAGACCCUGGUGCUUUGAUGAAGCUUAGCGUCGAAAAUAAGAUGUUCUCCCCGGAAUUUUUCAAACAAAGUUUGAUGAACUUUCGGCCAUGGCUUGACCAGCUCCUUGUUGACUCUUGGGCUGCGUGUCGAGAUGCUGAUGUAUUGCUUGAGAGUCCCUCUGCAAUGGCAGGGGUACACAUAGCGGAGGCCCUGAAUAUUCCAUAUUUCCGAACUUUCACAAUGCCUUGGACUAAGACCAGUGAAUUCCCGCAUGCAUUUUUAAGCCCUCCUGUUGACUCGCCCACUUUCAACGCUGCUUCUAAUGUGAUGUGGGCUGCGACUUCUGGUCAAAUCAACAAAUGGAGACGCAACACUCUAGGACUAGCUAGUACCGAUAUGGGACAUUUGGCUCAAUCGAAAAUCACCUUUAUCUACAACUUUUCAAGAGCCGUUGUACCAAAGCCAUUAGAUUGGCCUGACACUACAAUCGUCUCGGGAUAUUGGUUCCUUGACAAUCCGGACAUCGGAUGGACCCCUCCUCAAGAGCUUUUGGAUUGGAUGCAGAAAGCUCGUGCAGACGGCAAACCUAUUGUUUACAUUGGCUUCGGAAGCAUUACUGUACCUCGGCCAAAUAAAGUUACUGCGACUAUCUUCAAGGCCGUCCUCAAGAGUGGGGUAAGAGCUAUCGUUUCAAAGGGCUGGUCGGCACGAAUGAGCAAAGGAGAUGACAAAGAUCCUGUUGUACCAACACCUCCGGAAUGCUUCCUUUUGGAUAAAGUACCCCAUGAUUGGUUGUUUCCCCGCAUCGACGCUGCAGUUCAUCACGGCGGUGCGGGGACAACCGGCGCAAGUCUCAGGGCUGGCAUUCCGACAAUCAUCAAACCCUGGUUUGGGGAUCAAUUCUUUUGGGCAGCGAGGGUGCAGGUCUUAGGGGCUGGACUCAAGGUGUCUUCUCUUCACUCUAAUGCGUUAGCGGCAGCUAUGGUGAAAGCUACCACAGAUCGUGCUAUGAAAGCAAAAGCCGCGUCUGUCGGUGAAGCGAUCCGCAAGGAGGACGGCGUUCACACUGCUAUAUACACAAUCUAUACUUAUCUACACCGCGCAUCACUAAACAGGGCAUCAUUGACAUAG